CUGAUGCAUCCGAUGGGUGGUGCAGUAAAAAGUACCUUCUAGAAAGUGUGCCUCUCCGACAAUCAGCGAAUGGUUUUCAUUCGUCGCCGAAUGCUAAACCCAUGAGCCAAUGUAUUGCGUUGAGGUUUUGCACCGUACGUGCUCGAUGAAAUGAGGCAUUGGAGUGUUGGUUUGUUUGUCAGCAAACACGAUCUAAUGCGUGCGUUCUCGAGAAAGUGUAGCGCAAUGGUGUCAACGAGGUUGUAAAAAGCAAAGGAGGGAUUCGCUCCUUAUCAACCCCAGCCAACCCAAGUGCUCGUGUUCCAAUUCUGUGUCCCGUUCGCUGUGCCGAUGUGCGUGUGGAAAUUGUGAAAAGCGCGUGAAAAGCGGCACACGGUGGGGGAAGAGUUUUCCUUUUGCACCGCACGAAAACGGCCCAUUUUGUGUGACCCUCAUGUCGGUUGUGCACGGUUCUAAUUUGCUCUUUGUGUGUUGCGUUUCGAGAUGAAAAAUGAGCUCACAGAAGCUGUCAGAAAAAUGCCAAUGUGCAGCGGUCGUUGUUGUCGCGACACGGGAAUACUAGAUGGUGCAGCAAACACAACGCAGCAUCAACACACGCAAUCGGCGUUGGCCUCGAAAAAAUAAGUGCGCUUAGAGAGAAAAAGAGAGAAAGGAAGUGCGAGAAAGCAAGAGAGAGAGAGAGAGAGUGUUCGAAUGGUGUUGCUGUUGUUGUGACGGUCAUCGGUUGCGGAAAGGGUGAAGCGUCGGCGGGGGUGGGAGUUGUUUAUCAUCCCGUCGGUUUGCGUCGACGGAAGAAAGGCGAACAACCGGAACUACAGCGGCACAAUCCGGCGCAUCCAGCGAUAAAGCAUCCACCAUGGCAUCGUUGAAGGUUGCCGUGCGGGUUCGACCCUUCAAUCAGAGGGAACAUGAACUCGGCGCAAAGCUCAUCGUGCAGAUGGACGGCAAGAAGACGCGGCUGCUCAAACCGAAGCUGGGCACGGGCAACGGGGUCCGGGGUGACUUGGCCUCGCGGGCAGCGUUGGACCCAUCGAAUGACUUCACGUUCGAUCACUCGUACUGGUCGGUCGACGAACGGGAUCCCCACUUUACGCACCAGGAGACGGUCUUCGACGAUCUCGGGACGGAGAUUGUGGACUGUGCCUUCCAGGGGUACAACGCGUGCGUGUUUGCGUACGGCCAGACGGGCAGUGGGAAGACGUUUACGAUGAUGGGUACGGCCGAGGCGCAGGGACUGAUACCGCGCAUCUGCCGCUCGCUCUUCGCCCGGAUGAAGCUCGGCCAGGAGGAGGGUACGGGCUUCAAGACGCAGUGCUCGUACCUGGAGAUCUACAACGAGCGCGUGAAGGAUCUGCUCGGACCGAGCAAUGCUGGCCAUGGGCUGCGGGUGCGCGAACAUCGGACGCUCGGUCCGUACGUGGAGAACCUUUCGCAGCAUCCGGUGUCGGACUACGCGGAGAUACAGAACUGUAUGAUCCAGGGGAACAUCCAGCGGACGACGGCCAGUACGAACAUGAACGAUACGAGCAGCCGAAGCCACGCCAUCUUUACGAUUACGUUCGUGCAGGCGCGCUACUUGAAUGACCUACCGAGCGAGACGGUGUCGAAGAUCCACCUGGUCGAUCUGGCCGGGAGUGAGCGGGCCAAUGCAACCGGUGCCACCGGGCAGCGGUUGAAGGAGGGCGCCCACAUAAACAAGUCGCUGGUGACGCUCGGUAGCGUGAUUUCCGCGUUGGCCGAGCAAACCAACCCGACCAACAACAAACGCGUCCUGUACAUACCGUACCGUGACUCCAUCCUCACCUGGCUGCUGAAGGACAGCCUUGGGGGCAACAGCAAAACGAUCAUGAUUGCGGCCAUCUCGCCAGCGGACGUCAACUACAGCGAAACACUCAGCACGCUGCGGUACGCGAACCGGGCCAAGAACAUCAUCAACAAGCCGACGGUCAACGAGGACCCGAACGUGAAGCUGAUCCGCGAACUGCGGGACGAAAUCUACAAGCUCAAGCUGAUGCUGUCCAGCGACAGUGGGGCCGCUCUAGAACCAUCGCUCAAGGUGCUGGAGGACCUGCAGAAGAAGGAAGCCCAGGAGAAGGUGCUGACCGAGGAGUGGGCGGAAAAGUGGCGCGAGGCGCAGUCGAUUUUGCGCGAACAGCGUUCGCUGGGGUUGCGCAAGUCGGGCGUUGGUGUCGUGCUGGACUCCGAGAUGCCCCAUCUGAUCGGCAUCCAUGACGACGUGAGCACCGGCGUGACGCUGUACAGUUUGAAGGAGGGCGAAACGACGAUCGGUACGGACGAGGCACCCGAUCCGCCGGAUAUCUCGCUGAACGGGAUCGGUAUCGCACCCGAACACUGUCGCAUCGUGCUGUCGAACGGGAACGCCACGAUCUACCCGAAUCCCAAUGCGACCUGCCUGUUGAACGCUUGCAUGAUCGAGGUCCCGACGGCGAUCAGCCAGGGUGACAUUCUGUUGCUCGGGCGGACCAACAUGUUCCGCUACAACAACCCGGCUGAGGCGGCCAAAAUGCGGCUGGACAAUAGCCACCAGCAGCGUUCAUCUCGGAUCGACCUGUCACGCCUCUCGCUCAUUGCCGCUUCGCGCGAGAACCUUUCCGCCAGCUUCCUUAGCGACGACGACGGUACAUCGGCGAAUCCGUUCGCCGGAUUUUCGUCGCCCCAGAACGCCCUACGGUUCCGGCAGUACACCCCGAGCCGGGAGGAUGCGGAGCUGCAGGACGAACACCGGAAGAUCCUGCAGACGAUCGAGAACGCCCUCCGGCAGCUGAACCUCGAGCGGACGCGCAUGCACGAGCAGUUCAAGAACAAGAUCAAACUGUGCACCGACGAGCUGGAGCGGCUGGAGAGCACCAAGCGGGACCGGCUCAUGAUACUAGACGGGCGUAUCAGUGAGCUGAUGGCGCGCAAAGAAAUGGUCCUCUGGGAGAAGAGCAAUGAGAAGACGCAAGUAGACAUUCUGGUGCGACAGUUGUCCGCCUUGCAAACGCAGCUCGAUACGAAAAAGCGCGACUUCUAUGAGUACGUCGCAAGGGAACUACAGGAGCUGCAGGACUGUGGCCGUCUGGAUGAGGCAAGCAUCGAGCUGAUCCGAACUACCCCUCAGACGGAAGAUUAUUCGGAAAUAUUGCUGCAAAUAUCGCGCUCGCUGGACAACUACUCGCAGCAGUACAUUCGAGAGUUUGUGCGACGCAACCGCGACGAAAUCAACAAGUACGAAACGGAGCUCACCGAAAAGGAGCAGCUACUGGCGGAGAGUACGCAAAAGAUUGCCGAUUUGGAUCAGAAGAUUCACGAACUGGAACAGCAAAAUCGGGAACUUUUGCAGCAGCGUACGCAGCAGGAGCUUGAUCAGAUUCAGCAGAUAAAGCUUUCGAUGACACUGAAUCUUGCACACACGAGUGGUGAAAGCAACGGGACGAACACGGCCGAGGGGACCAAUCAAUUAUCCACCGGGAGCCAUGCGCUAGAAACCUGUGAUACGUUCCAUACGGCCAACUCGGACUGUUCGUUCGUGUCCGCGCUCAACACACCGGCUCUUGGUUCGCUGAAUCAUCUCAUACCAACACCCAGCUCGACCGAGGAUGGGGCCGAAUCAGAUGCAGCCGAUCGGGACUUUGAGGAGGCUACCUCCAAUGGCGGGGGUCUGCACGAGGAGCUGCACGGUGGCACAGGGGUUGGCGGUGGAAUGAGUGACAGUGGCGUUAGCUUUGAAACGAAUAAAGCUACCGACAUCGGUGCGACGGUGCUACCGGAGGGGGGACCGGACGAUUGUGCCGGUGGUACGGCAAAACUGCUGUUCCAAUCGGACGAUCAUUGCCUGCUGCUGGCCACCUCUUCCACGCCGAACUCAAAGUACGGUGGCAAGAAGAUGCCCACCACGACCACGGUAAUCGUGACGGAUGGGAAUGGGCUCGUGAAGGCGCAGCCUCCCCGGGCGCGUCGAAAGUCGUCCGAUUCGGAGGAGGAGGAGGAAGCGCUUGGCAACGAAUCGUCCGUGGGCUCGAUCGCCUCGAACCGGCUUAAAGUAUCGAUCGUCAAUAACCGGAAUAGCCUCAAGAGUAACGGCUUGCGGAAAACGGAAAUCUUUGACAUUCGACACGGGAUCCAUCCGCUGCGGAUCGGUAGCGAAGGAAGCAGCCGAAGUGGGGGCACCACCGAAGACAGCCACGAAGAGGAGGACGGCGAGGGCGGGGAGGACAAGGAGGGGGGCCGCCGAUCACGUGGAUCAUCAAUCGACAACAGCUCGAUCACGUCGUCGACGGCGGAUCUGAUCCUCAGUGAGAUGAACAGUCUGCGCGAAAGCAUCGCGAGCAAAAAGGCGGAGAUAAUGAAGAUCCUCGAAACGAACGGCGACAAGCGAUUGCUGGAUGCGAAGAUCAGCGUACUGCAGGGUCUACAGAAGCGCGUUGUGCAGCUGGAGAUCAAGAUCCAGGACGUGGAGAAGAGCUGCUUGUCGGACGGAGAGCAGCAGCUGGAUUCGAUGCGGGACUUUCCCGGCAGCUUCACCGACAGUGACGACAGCCGAGUCGGUGGGAACUCGUGCAUCUACCCAGGAUACGUGUCACGGGAUCAGUCCAGUAUCUAUGCGCCGAGCGUCACCCGAUCGAUGCCUUCCAUUGAAGGGACUUAUCGGUCGGAUCACCUUAUCAACAUACCUACGUACAUCAUACGCGGUGCCGGAAAGCAAACGCACUACGAGUACGAGGUGAAAAUCAACCUUCCGGAUGAACGGUGGACCCUGCUGCGGCGCUACAGCCGCUUCCGGGAGCUUCAUCUGGCCAUGAAAAAGCUGUACGGCGAUAAGAUUGCCACCAUACCGUUUCCGCGGCGUGAGCUAUUUGCCUCCAACACGGAAUCCGUAGCGAAAGCGCGCCGUCGCCAGCUGGAAACCUACCUGCGCCGCCUGCUGGUCGUCUGUGCCAAAAUCCCGCACUGUCCCAUCUACGAGGGCGAAGGCCGUCCGGGGCUCACAAAGCAAACGCUCAUCGUUUUCCAUUCGUUCUUCAAGAAGGGUUUGUUUGAAACCGGCAAGCACGGUACGGGAUAGAGAUAGAGAUAGAGCGAACCAGGGGACAAAACCCGACGGGCCGAAGACAAACUCCCCUGGGGCCAGCGGUGCGAUGGCAAAUGUGCAAAUGAGUGCGUUUUAUGUUUGUGAUGUCAAAAGACUUCUAGAUUUCUAGACCGUACUUGUUAUUUUUAAUUAUUUGUAAGCAGCAUUGUAAUUGUAGGUAGGUAGUGAUCAACCAAUUGGUAUAGUGUCCUUCGAUUCAGUCCGUGUCAAAUAGUGUCCUUCGAUAAGUCGCAAUUGUCCUAGAGGAUGGAUUAGAUAGGGGAUGAAGUGCAGGAGUGCUUUACGAACGUUUUGCUUUAGGGUCAAUUUUUACAACUUCAACCAACUGGUUUCUAUCGUUUGUCCGUACGUUUACGUGGCCUUUGAUUAAUCCAUGGUGUCUUACCUGUUAGGAUACGAGGUUAGUUCGUGUUAGUAGAAGAAUAUAGCGGCUGGAGAGAUGGUUGGAAAGUUGGUUUUGACAAAACUAAAAUGACAAUAAGAAUGUGUGUGCGUGUGUGUGUGGUAAAACUGGCCGCUCGUUCAAAUUUAAUCAUUAUCGAACCCGAAUAGAGACUUUCAGUCGCACGGUACUCUUACAUCGCUUAGCGAUGCAAGUUUCACCCGCUUUAUCGCAAGAUAAAGGGUCUUUCGGUUGCAAACUUGUCAUGGAGCACUGAUGGCAGUCUGUCGGCAGUACGAUGAUGCACGAAACCGAAACCACUUUGUCCGGUAACGGUGCUCCACCUAGUACUAGGUUCCACACAAAAAGCAAGAAAGCAUGGAACGGUGUGUGUAGUGAUCCGUUUGAAAACAGGCAUAAAAGUACGGAAGUGCGAAACUCGCAGAUCGAUCGUCAUAAUCAUUAUCAUCAUAUCAACAGCAACUACGUGCAACCUUUUCCCGUGUUCCUGCCCCGUUCGUAGCAAACGUGUUGUCGUUCAUCAAUCGAAAACAAACUGUGAUUUUUUCUUCCCCUCCCCCUUCCCUUUCCGGUCGGCCGGGUGCAGGUGCACCGAAUGCUUCCAUCCCAGUAAUUAUCUAGCCGGUUGUCUGCAUUAAAGCAUAUCCGGCGUGUACAGAUGGUGUCGAACAAGUGCUCUUUUUUAAAUUUAGAUAAAUCCCUGCCCAGCUCAUCUCUCUAUAUUUUCGAUUAUGCAUUGUAUAUUUACUUCAUAAAGAGAUGCUGUGUGCUUUAGUUUUCGACACAAGGCACCGUCGAAGAUGGAAGUUAUUCAAUGUGUAGGAAAUCUAUGUAUAUUUUAGGUACUAAAAAGAGGAUCGAGUAGCUAGCUUCAAAUGUCGCCUCUUGUGCUAGUGGAAGGGAAUAUUUUCAAUACCUUGUUUGUUUCGCUUUUUCAGUUAACUCUGUUUUUUACACAUAUUCAAGCUAAUGUUAAUAUUUUAUAGAUACAAUUCAGGAGCUUGUUUGUACACCUAGGAACACAUACAUAAAUGUGUAGGCAACCCCGGUGGACCAUUGUCCGAGAGGAUAGAAAAUAGAAAAUUGUGUAACCAAAUGGUGGAAAAUUGUAAAACACAAAUUUAGUAAACAAAAACAAAAAAACAGCAUCUUAUGUGUGGCAUUUUCGAUCUUCUCUAGAUGGGUGAUUAUACAAAAAUAUAUACAAAAAAAAAGAACAAACACACGACAGAGAAAAAAAGUCGAAACAUUUACAGGUAAUCUCGGGCGAUUUGAGUAGAGAAGAGCAAUACGUAAAAGCGAAGACAUCACUAGAUAAGCUACACAACUUGUUCCGGAUUGAUAGGGUACAAUAGGAUUGACGCGAGAGGAUCAACAUGCACCGGAAGUAGAAAUGUUCCACAAUAAAUACACAGACAUAAAAUCAAACAGGUAUAGCAAAAAGAUAACCGCAAUAAAGAAAAUCGAAGAUAAGAUCGUAUUUAAAAGAACAAAGAAGAGAGAAAACCCCCCGCUGGGGAACACACAUAGAUGGUUCAAUUUCUCGUGUAAACUAAUGCAAAAAGAAUACACCUAAACCGUUUACUCUGGUAGAGUAUAUGCAUGUUUCUUAUUUGUGCAAUUGUAGCGCGAACAGGAUUUGAGAGAACCGGAUCAUGGAGUAUGUUAAUAAAACAAAGAUCAAAAUAGUCUAACUGGAAAUAAAACGUAAC